AUGAAAGUCUUGAUGAAAGGAAUCAUGCCGUUUCAAAGUCUUUGUCUGUAUGCUGCGGCUCUCAACAAGCACUACUUCUUGCAUGGUUUGUCAGAGAUGAAAGACUCCAAGGUUGAGUUGUCAGACACGGUCUACAGUGCCAUGCUGAAACUGCUUGGACAAAAGGGUGACUACGACGCAGCAGUAAGGAUUUGGAAAGAAAUGCAUGAAUUGGGCCUCACAAAAGAGGGAAGUACGCGACAGCAAAGCUGUUUCACCGGAUUGAUGAAUGCAGCUGCAGCAACAGGUGACGUGCAAACAGCGCAGAAGGAGAUUGACUCAGCGCCGUAUGGCGUCCAGCUGAAUGCCGCUCAUUUCGGCUGCUUACUGAAGGCCUGCCGUGAGAGUGCAGAUGCAGAAGCAGCUCAGAAAGUCAUUUUGCAGAUGAGGGAUGCAGGUGUUGAGAGAAACAUUGUGCAUUACACCAUCUACAUGGGCGCUUGCGCCAGGUAUGUUGCAAAGACUCAGUCAAAAGCCGAAGAGCUUGAAGCACAGGUACGGAAACAGAUGGAGGAAGACCAGGUUCAGGCCAACGAGUACUUUCUGGAAGAGCAGGUAGCCUUAAAUCUGCAAACAGCAAGCUUGAGGGCUCUGCAAGAAGAGGGUGCCAGCAAGCCCAGUGAGGAGGCUCUAACACGGACAGGGAAGCUGUUAGAAUCAGCCUUGGAUGUGCCCGGGAUGCGGUUGACGCGAGCCCUGCGGGACCUGAGGGACAAGUACCCCAAGCUGCGCGCUGCAGUGGAGAACAGAUGA